UAUAAAGAGCUCCCACCCUAGCUGGGGUAUGAUCCACAGAUUUAUAGCUCAAGAUGUAAGCAGAGGAAUGUAGCUAACCUAGAGACACAACACAAUGACUGUUGUUAGGUUUAUUAGUGUCAAGAAGAACAUUCAGCUAUGAAUAAUACUUUAGAUAAACUGAAGUUUACAAUAUCAAUGUUAUCUUUUGCAAUAUUUUAGAACCAUCAACUUCUGUUUAUUGUUGUUUAACACAUUUUAUAAGUUUUUUUAAAACUGAUUUGCUUUCUUUCUUUUUUGACUGAUUUUAUUCAAAAGACAUGGCGCAUAGGAGUAUCAAAGAGAGAUUCUUUAAGAUUUUUAAUUCAAAUGUUCUGGAGGAUAUCAAACAUAAAAUUUCGGAGGAUGACUUCAAAGGAGUGGAAAAAUUAAUAAGAAAGGAUCCAACAAUAAUUAAUAAACCUAUUCAUGAAUAUGGAACAACUCCUUUAAUGUUUGCCUCUCAAGUGGGCGCCGAUAGAAGAAUCAUCGAAAUAUUGAUAAAAGAAGGAGGCGAGGUGGGAAGAAAAGACAAUGAUCAUUGGACAGCUUUACAUUAUGCUGCGAAUUGGAAUCACCUUCAUGCAGUGGAGAUCUUACUAUCUCGGGGCAGUGAGGUUAAUCCUCGAGAUGACUAUGGUCGCACACCGCUGCACCGGGCCUGUUAUUGGGGAUACUUGCACACUGUCGAUCUUUUGUUGGGUCACAAUGGCAUCGAUGCCAAUGUGGUUGACAACGAUGGAGACACACCACUGCAUAAGGCAGUUCGGAGGCGAAAAUAUAAGUGGUGGUGUGUGCGAUGCUGAAGCAGGAUUUGGUGAAUUUAGAAAUUGUGAACAAAAAAUAUAGGACACCAUUGCUUGAAGCUGUCUCGGACGGUCACCUCGGAAUAAUGCAGCGGCUGAUAGCCAGGGGCACGAAUGUAAAUGUUGUCGACCAUGGAGGAAAUAAUUGCCUGCACCUGGCGUUAAAAAGAGAAAACAACUUUCAUUCUGAGGUGGAGCACAUGACCAUGUUAGAUCAGGUAAGUUUUCACAUUGUUUGUGACUAUGUGUGUGUGUGUGUGGU